AUGCUUGAUGGGUCAAGCCCCCAGGCCGGAAAAAUCUGGAAAAAGGCUAAUCUAACCUUCUCCUUUGAUGGCAAACGUAUGACUGAGACCUUCUUAAUUUGCAACACAGGGUCUCACGCCGCCAUCUUGGGAUUGAAAUGGUUAGAUGCUCAUAACCCAGAGAUUGAUUGGAACCAACGUACCCUCUCCUUUCCCCAUGCACCACCAGAACACGUGACCAUUGCUGAAGAAGAGGAAGCUGAUCAAAAUCCCCUUGAAGGAAUCCCCUCCAAAUACCAUCAAUAUGCCAAGGUAUUUGGGGAGGAAGAAUUCAAUAAGCUUCCCCCGCACCAGCAUUACAACAUUGGGAUUGAGCUAACAGAAGAAGGCCCCUUGAACUCUCCACUAUACAGCAUGACUGACGCGGAAUCCGCUACACUCAAGGAUUGGCUCAGGGACGAACUCAAGGCAGGCAAAAUCCACCCCAGCAAGUCUUCUAUCAGCUCCCCCGUAAUGUUUGUACCCAAAAAGGACAGAUCCCGCUGUUUGGUUGUUGACUAUCAUCGCCUUAACAAUUGCACCAAAAAAAACAUUUACCUGCUUCCCCGUCCAGAUGACCUCAUGGCCCAGCUCUGUGGUACCAAGGUCUUUACUAAACUAGACUUACAAUGGGGUUACAACAACGUGCGGGUAAAAGAAGGUGACAAAUGGAAGACUGCAUUCCAAACCAAGUACGGUCUCUACAAAUCCCUGGUUAUGACAUUUGGUUUGACAAACGCCCCUGCCGCCUUCCAGCAUUUUAUGAACAAACUAUUCAAGGAUUUGCUGGAUGUAUGCGUCAUCAUUUACCUUGAUGACAUCCUGAUAUACUCUAAGGAUGACGCAUCCCACACGCAACACGUCCACAAGGUUCUGAAGCGGCUAAUGGAAAACCAACUGUUCUGCAAGGCGUCCAAAUGCACGUUCCACGUCACCUCUGUGGAAUACCUAGGAAUCAUUGUUUUGGACAAGGGUUUUAGCCUGGAUAAGCUCAAAAUCCAGGCGGUACAAGAAUGGCUGGUACCUACUAAGGUUAAAGAAGUUCAGUUGUUCCUAGGGUUUGCCAACUUCCUUUGUUGUUUUGUUGCCAACUUUAGCCACAUGGCCAGGCCAUUACAUAACCUGGUCAAGAAAGACACCCCAUGGCAAUGGAACUCAAGGGAACAAGAAGCUUUUCAGGGCCUAAAGAACGCAAUCACUAACGCCCCGGUACUAUGCCAUGCCAAUCCUACCAAACCUUACUUCCUAGAGACAGACGCAUCAGGUGCAGCACUAGGUUCUAUACUCAGCCAACGCCAGGAAGACGGCCGCCUCCACCCACUAGGUUUUCUGUCAGAAUCCUUCAAAGGCGCCAAGCAGAACUACAACACACACAAUAAGGAGCUUCUAGCAAUCAUCCAUUCCUUUGAGUAUUGGCGCAUCUUCCUGGAGGGAACUGCACACCCCAUAACCGUCUUCACGGAUCACCAGAACUUGGAAUACUGGAAGGAAUCCCAAACGUUCAAUUGCCGCCACGCCAGAUGGCACCUACUACUUGCCGGGUAUAACUUCCAGAUUGUGUACUGCCCAGGUAAACAGUCCGAUAAACCAGAUGCCUUGUCCCGUUGA